UCGGAAAAACCACCCACAUGUGUGUACAUGUGUGUAUAACCGUGCAUGCGUAGAGAAUUUUCUAGCCGAAGGUUUCAGUUGUGAAAACAGACAAGGCGCUGUGACGGAUCCUCUAGACAGAUUCGUAAAUACAUUAAGUGGACGCCACAUCUGUUUCGAAUUAGAACUUGGAUUAGAAAUCAGUCAAGAAACCGAACGAAAUUACCAUCAAAAAUCUUUAUUCUGAUUUGUGUAAUAACUAAUGGUAUUCAUAAAUUUGGUUUGAAAUGCGCAAAGUAAGACGGAUCCGCCUUUAUAAAGAUCUAGUUUUAAAGUUAUUUAGCUUUUAGGUAAGGCAACCGGUAGUAGCAGCUUAAUUAUAGAAAUCAACAUUUAAGCCAAUUUGUCCCUACCGAAAAAUUGGAAAAAUAUUAGAAAGUGCAAGCCACCCCCCACCCUUUGCCCUCUGCGUAUGUAUGCACUUGAAUGGUACCGUAACUCAAGCGUCAUCUUGUAAGGAAUGGAUUCCUUAAAUGAGAUAAUUGACCACCAAACAUUUAGCCAGGAGUUAGUUGAAGAUGCAUCGGAGUUCAUCACUGUGGGUCAACAUUCGGAGCGCACGUCGCAGUCACGUGAGCAGCAUAUUUCUGAGAAGGAUCUGACUAUGUCUAUGCAAGACAUGAUUUCCUGUCCCAGAACAGACGCUUUGAGUGGAGGGGUGAAACACCGCCACGACUCUGCAUCUGGGUCGGGAUCUGCAUCGGGACCCAAUUCCGUUGUCAUGGUUAUAGACUCACUGGGACAAGAUAACAGGCAACCAUCAUAUCAAAUUGUGCCUCAGCAAUUGCAGCAAAGAACAAUGUCAAUGCCAUUCGGACUACUCCAGCAGGAUAGGCAUCAUUUGCAGCAUGAGCGUGAUGUGAAUACCAGCCCAGUGGACUUUGUAUCACCCGACAUUAAUUUGGAUGGGCUGACCGUAGACGCCAUCUCCCAGACGGUGCACUCCCAAGAAAUGGCGAUAAAGCAGGAGCAAAAGCUUCUUAUUGUGCAAUCCAAGAGUCAGGAUCAAAGCCACAGGCGCAUUCGAAUGCUUGUAGACGUUUCGAGUGUAAAUGCAGGCCUUGGUGUGGAUGAUAUAGAUGAGAUUUCCUCCGAUAACGUUGGCUGCGACGACGAAGGAGUUACGCUGAGCCAGCACCACCAGCAUAUUUUGGAACAGGAGGAACAAUUUGGCAUGACAAGCCACCAUCCGCAUCACCAACAUCAUACUCAGGUCCUCCAUAGUUUGCACCAAAGAUCAACUCAUUCGGAAAUGGGACUGGAGAGUGCACAUGGGGAAGUUCUAUCGGUUAUCGUCCAUUCACAAGACAGCGACAAGGAGGACGGCGAGGAAAAUGGUGAUGGGGAUGCAGAAGGAGAUGCAGAUAAUGAAGACGAUGAUGAACGCGACUCGCGGAGUCGUGAGCAGUUGCUUAGUCACAGCUCGUAUCAGACGCUGACCUCGGUAAAUGAUCGCUUAUCUUCGCCUGGGUUUAGUCAAACCUCUUAUGCUACACUCACCCCCAUUCAACCUCUUCCGCCUAUAUCAACGAUGUCCGAGAAGUUCGCGUACUCUGGCCACAUCUCGGGAGGAGACAGUGGCGACACGGAUGUCAAUGGAGAUGAUGGAGGUAGAGGAGUCACUGAGGUUGGUGAGGUCAUUACCCAAUCCAGCGAGGCUGCAGGGACUGUUUCAAUAUCUAGUCGCAAUGCUACCUCCUCUGUAUGCUCCAACAAUGAUUGCAGUUCUUUUUCUGCCCUCACCAUGCCCAUGGGAAGUGGCCACUUGAGUCUGGGUGUUUUAAGUGGCGUCCAGUCACCAUUUUCCCCAUACGAAAAGCUAUCAUCGUUGAUUUCCUCUCCGCCUAAUAACUACCUGGUCUCGUGCGAUCUACAUGCUUCAGUUCCUGGACGCGUUAUGUCAUCGCACUUGCAGCUAAGUCACAACGGGAAAAAGGAGUCUGGAAUGACUCACGAACACACACAUGGUCCUGCUGAUAUCAAUGGUGGGAAGUUCUCCUAUACUGAUCACAUAUCCGGAGGUGAAAGCGGAGAUACUGAUGUUAACGGUGAGAAGUUCUCUUUCUCUGACCAUAUCUCCGGGGAUAGCGGAGAUGAAGAUGUCAAUAGGGAAAAGUUUAUAUAUUCAGACCACAUAUCUGAAGGAAAUAACGGCCCCGACGUCAAUGGCGGAACGAAUUGGCUCCAGGUACACUCUGAGAGGGAAGUGCGUCUCCAUAUGCCUGUGCCGGCUGAGCUGGAAGCGAGGUUUCACAUUUCGUCAGAGCGAAGGACUCGACUCAAUGUUCCACCUGCGCGUGGAUCCUUAAACCGACAUCAUGCUCCGAACGCUCCUGUCUGCCCCGCGAAUUGGAAGGCGGAUGAUUGGAAACACAGCAACGCUGGAAUUGUUAGUUUGACCGCCGAUAUUCCCGUGGUUGUGUCCCUUACUCCAACACCGCCUCCGAUAACAGACGACUCGGUGAGCGAAAUUAAACUAAACGAGCGAUUAUCACCAGGACACAGACAACAGUACUUCCUGGACAAAAGCCAAGAACCCAGUUCCGUAAUAGUAGAACAGUGCAGUCCGGGCAUUCAUGGCACCCCGCACUCGGCGGGUGCCAUUCACCAGCAGUCUCAAUCAGGUCUCGGAAACGAGUUUCAAGGCAGCAGCCAGCAGGCCAAAGUUUCAGCAUGUGCCUCACCAAAGGCGACAGUUUCCUCUGGAGGAGGAGGUUCCAGCCGCAAUGCAAAUGCCAGUGACAUGGAGGAGAUCAACACUAAGGAUCUGGCACAGCGCAUCUCAGCCGAGCUCAAGCGAUACAGCAUUCCACAGGCGAUAUUCGCACAACGGGUACUCUGCCGAUCGCAAGGCACCUUGUCCGAUCUUCUGCGCAACCCAAAGCCGUGGUCUAAGCUGAAGUCCGGUCGAGAGACGUUUCGCAGAAUGUUCAAAUGGCUCCAGGAGCCCGAGUUUCAGCGCAUGUCUGCUCUGCGGAUGGCCGCUGCUCAAAUUCCUCAGCGAGCUCCUUUGAGCUCUGCAGUGACACUUGGGUCAGCAACAGGUUCAAACAGCUCCACCGGAACCAUGCCAACGGAAGUUGAGUCCCAUGGCGGCCCUACGAUGAACUCAAAUGUUCUCACCAACGAAUCGGCUUCCUCGCCCGCAUCUACACCUGUCACAAGCGUUUUGGUUGGCAGCGUCGUAAGCUGUCGUCGAAAGGAAGAGCCGCAGAUGGAACAAAUGCCUCAGCCGAAAAAGCCGCGAUUGGUCUUCACCGACCUACAGCGACGAACAUUACAAGCUAUUUUCAAAGAAACUAAAAGACCUUCAAAGGAGAUGCAAGUGACCAUUGCAAGACAGCUGGGGCUAGAGCCUACUACAGUGGGAAAUUUUUUUAUGAACGCCCGAAGAAGGUCAAUGGAUAAGUGGCGGGAUGAUGAAUCGAAAAGCACUAUGCAUAUGGUACAUAACCGACAGCAACCACAAGACGGACAGGAGAAAGAUAAUGGCCACACUCAUACACAAUCGCAAAAUGGUCAUAAUCACACUCAAAAUCAUACCAUCAAUAAUAGCAUGACGCAUGACCACUACUCAAAUCUCCACACAACAGCUAUGUCGCCUCUUGGAGCUUUUGAUGAAGAGGCUGAUAUGGACUUGGAACUGGAAAGUCACGACUUUGAUUUAGUGGACGCCGAUGACCAUGGGGAGGCCAAUGAUCCAAAUGGCGACAUGUUGUGACAGCAUAGCCAAAGCACACGUCGAACGAUCAACAAGCCCAAAGUAUUAGCUCCGAAGUCUUCGACUCACUACUUCAACAGUACCCGCAUUCAGUCUCGUACGCACAUGGUUUCUCCAAGAAGAGCUAUGGAUGUCAAUAUGGGUCGCAUUGUCAGAAAGGAAAACGAAGGUAUUAGCAACGGGAGCUAUGACGAUAACCGGGGUGAGGUCGCGUCGGACCAUUUGCUUGAUGCCGGACAUGUUCCAGAUGAAAAGAUUACAAUAAAGCAAAGCUUUCGCCAAGAAGUACUCGAUAAGGAGGCCCAUAUCUUCAUUGAUGAUAUAGCUAUUCCAAAUUGCUUGGAUGAUCUGAAGGUAAUGAUUGUCUGUUAAGGGCAGCCGUACAAUCUUCAUACUUGCGAUCUCAUUGCAUACUGAAACUUUAGUUGUCCAAAAGAUUUAGCAAGAUUUUCUUUUAUACGACAAAAGUUUAUUUUAAACUCAUAUAUUUUUAAAGCAGUAAAUAUAUCAAAUUUCACUCAAUUCUAAAUUAUGAAUUGAGAUUUUAUUUGUAAAAUGUUUGGAUCUGAUUAACUGCUUCUCUGUUUAUGAAUUUUUUGAUUUUCAAGAAGUAAGGCUAAGAAGGAAAACUUCCGUAGAUAAGAAUAUAUUAUGCUCUAAAGAGGAAGAAUAGUUUCAUUUUUAGAUGUAUGCAAUAAAGUACCUACAUACCAAUACUCGUCUAGCUAUAUCGUCUGUAUGAAAGUCAAGUCUCCUGAACUAUAACAGCUAGUAAGAUGAGAUUAGGGAAGCAGAUUUUAGUGAUACCUACGCAGUGCCCAUAUACACAGUAAAAACCUCACCCUCACACCUUUUAAAUAAUGUUUUGGUUUUUUAAUAAGGUGUAUUUAUCUUGCCAAUACCUACCGAUAUGCUAAUAACAUUGUGCUUACUCCCACUUUAAAGCGGAAAAACAAUUGAGCGAAUAACUAAAAAGUUAUGACCAAUUAGGUAACCGCCACUACGCGGUGCUUACUCUCGAAAAGAGUCUUUU